UCAACCUUACAACUUUUCACCAUAUUAUAACACGUGUCUCACCAUGACAAUCCUACGCUAGAGAACAGAAGUACUACUAUCUUUUCCAAACUAACACACAGCAGAUUUUAGGGUUUAUCAAAAGCCUCCAUUCUCCAUACAUUUUCACUUCACCUCCAUACCGCACUGUUUCUCUCUCGCGCCACCAAUGGGAGACCAAAACGACGCCGUUGCACUCAAACAUCCGUUCUCCGAUCGGGUCCCCAUCCGAUCCAUCGUCUCACGCCCAGACGGUGGAGCCAGCCUCAAGGGGCAACGAGUACGGGUCGGAGGUUGGGUAAAAACCGGGAGAGAGCAAGGUAAAGGGUCGUUUGCGUUUCUGGAGCUAAACGACGGGACGUGCCCGGCGAACCUACAGGUCAUUGUGGAAAAGGAAGUAGCGGAUCUGAGCCCCUUGGUGCAUACUGGGGCGUGCGUGUCUGUUGAAGGAGUUCUUAAAGAGCCACCUGAAGGAACUAAACAGAAGAUUGAGCUGCGGGUUGAAAAAGUGAUCCAUGUUGGACCUGUUGACCCGGCUAAGUAUCCGAUUCCUAAAACCAAGCUUACUCUUGAGUUCUUAAGAGACCAUAUCCAUCUUAGACCCAGAACUAACACGAUUUCUGCAGUUGCUCGAAUCCGUAAUGCACUUGCUUUUGCCACGCACUCAUUCUUUCAAGAGUAUGGUUUUUUAUAUAUUCACACUCCAAUUAUCACGACCAGUGACUGUGAAGGCGCUGGUGAAAUGUUUCAAGUUACUACCUUGAUUAGUGAAAUUGAAAAGAUAGAGAAGGACCUGAUUCAAAAUCCUCCUCCAUCAGAGACUGACAUAGAAGCAGCUAAGCUUGUUGUCAAUGAGAAAGGAGAGGCUGUCAGCCAGCUUAAAUCUGCUAAAGCAAGUAAGGAUAAUAUAAGUGCUUCAGUGGCUGAACUAAAAAAAGCAAAGGAGAAUCUCUUAAAGCUGGAGGAAAGAGCUAAAUUAAAACCUGGCUUUCCAAAGAAAGAUGGGAAGAUUGACUAUGGUCUAGAUUUUUUUACCCGUCAAGCAUUUUUGACUGUCUCUGGCCAACUACAAGUUGAAACAUAUGUCUGUGCUCUUAGCAGUGUCUAUACAUUUGGACCAACUUUUCGUGCUGAAAAUUCGCACACUUCCAGGCAUUUGGCAGAAUUCUGGAUGAUUGAACCCGAAAUAGCAUUUGGAGAUCUUGAGGAUGAUAUGAACUGUGCUGAGGCAUACGUAAAGUAUAUGUGUCAGUGGCUACUUGAUAAAUGUCUUGAUGAUAUGGAACUUAUGGCUAAACUUUAUGAUAAAGGGUGCAUUGAGCGACUAAAGAUGGUUGCUUCUACUCCUUUCAAAAGGAUUUCUUACACAGAAGCUGUGGAUCUACUGAUUGAAGCUGUAAAAGGUGGUCACAAGUUUGAGAACAGUGUGGAAUGGGGUAUAGACCUGGCAUCCGAGCAUGAGAGAUACUUGACGGAGAUUUUAUUUAAGAAGCCUGUCAUCGUGUACAAUUACCCAAAGGGGAUCAAAGCAUUUUACAUGAGGCUCAAUGAUGAUUCAAAGACAGUUGCUGCCAUGGAUGUCCUUGUACCAAAGGUGGGAGAGUUGAUUGGUGGAAGCCAAAGAGAGGAACGCUUGGAGGUUAUUCAGCAAAGAAUUGCUGAGAUGGGGCUGCCUGUUGAGCCAUACGAGUGGUACCUCGACCUGCGGCGCUAUGGGACUGUAAAGCAUUGCGGAUUUGGUUUAGGGUUUGAACGGAUGAUACUGUUUGCCACUGGCAUUGACAAUAUAAGAGAUGUCAUCCCCUUCCCCAGAUACCCGGGGAGAGCAGAUUUGUGAGCUUAGCAUUACUAUUUUGCCUUUGGAAUUUCAACAGAGUUUGUUCUAUUCAAGUUUCCUCUCUAAUGUAUUUGACCUAAUUUGAUUUCACAAUUCUAAAAUUACCACACUUAGUGAGUUUGUUGGCU